AUGGAUGUACCCAGACCGUCCAGCCGCGUAGAGAUCGUCGCAGCUAUGCGCCGUGUGCGUUACGAGUUUAAGGCGAGGGGUGUGAAAAAGCGAAAAGUGACCGUGGACGUUUCGACCGAUGGCGUCCGAGUUACGAUGCGGACCCAAAAGAGGAGUAAGAAGAAAUCUGGAUCGAAACUCUUCGGCCGUAGCAACAAGAGUAACUGUAGCACUGAAACCUUAGAACUGAUGCAUCAUCCAAUAUACCGCAUCUUCUACGUCUCCCAUGACAGCUCUGAUCUUAAGAUAUUCUCUUAUAUUGCAAGGGAUGGCGCUACGAAUGUCUUCAAGUGCAACGUUUUCAAGAGCAGUAAGAAGGUAUGUACGAAAACAACAUCAAAUAUGGUGCUGUUAACUUAG